AUAUCACAGUUCUUCCAUGAAAACUCACAUAACUAUCUCAAUACAUGUCUAAUGCUUGCCACGCGAAACACAUCAAGUUUCAUCUUCGACCCACACCCACUACCAGAAGUAACUGCACUGCAGUUAUGGUGCGCAGCCAACGCAACAAAGAUCAGAGAACUACCAAUAGCACCAGUACCACAGCUUCCCAUGCCAAAAGUAGAUGAACAUUCAGAAGAUGAUAUCACCAAACUUGCCAACCUACCCAUGUCAGUAGAGAAGACACAGUACCUAAAUGUCCAAGGCAUAACAAAGGUCACCGAUUUCGCACAAAUCUUUUACUACCUGGCUUGCUCAAUCUGCAAGAGAGCAACAAAUGCAUACGGAAAUGGAGGCUUUUGGUGCAACUACUGUGCCAAAAAAGUACCAGCUCUGACAAAGUAAAAAACCUUCUCCCCUACCUUCAUGCAAUUUGUAAUUCAAAACAGAAACCACACCAUCCCUACACAAUUAACACACACUACUAAAUAAAAUCUUC